UUAGAAAAGCGUGGAGGCUGGCGUCGAGAUGAGAAGAACCGCUUGAUAUUGCUCAAGAUUCCACCACAGGUGAGUGUGACAAUCAAGAGCCCCAGCGUCCUCUGGUAACACCAGAUGUCCUCCUAACGCGGGAUUGUUGCGCAGGUGAACUUGAGCCCCGCCACUUCAUCCGACGGAAAGAUCUCAGAUGCCUUCCUCAACGGUUCUCAACAUUACCUGACAGCAAAGUCUGCUGCGAAGCCUGCCAACCUCGAUAACCUCCCCACCGAAUUGGUUCAUGAGAUUGUGAAGACCCUCCAUCCUGUCGACCGUGUCUGUCUCGCCUUGACAUGCAAACCGCUUGCCCGAGCGACCAUGUCUGCUCCUCGCCUCGGACCAUCGACCUGGGGGGUCUUCUCUGACCAACCCUUUGAAUGGCUUCCUCCGGAGUCCUUUAGUCUCAUCCUCAGACUCGCUCAUGGGUGGAUUCCCAGGGACAGGCUGCGCUAUUGCUGGAACUGCCACAAGAUCAUGCCGCGCGAGGAAGCCUUCUUCCGCAAGAGGCUGACGUGCAAGAAGAACCCUAGGUGGAGCGUGAAGGUUGACCUUCCGAAAGAGGAGUGGGAUAAGCUGAGAAAGAAGGAUAAAUACAGACACCUCGUCCGGACCUGGUGUACCUCUCCUGCUCAGGAUAGCAGUUAUCUCUGCUGCGAUGCUUGUCGUAGCUCACAUCUCGAGGCCGGCCUCCCUCGAUUCACGUAUCCCAUCGAGUGCCCGACAUGUCUGGAGAAAGAGUUGACAUAUUCCUGGCGCGGCCCUCGCAAACCAUGGUUUCGGAAUUGCAUGCGUGAUUGUAUCAGCUUAGGCUGUCGGCCAAUCUUGUGGGUUGUGGAUUGGACUGUAUACUACCUGCUUUUGGGUGGCUCUGCGGUUGUUCGCUUUGUCUACAACCAAGGCUGGAGUUGCUGGAGGGCAUUC